GUUAAACCCCACUCACCCCCUUUCCCCCUUCUCCUCAAAACUCCCCCUCAUCCUCCUCGAUCAGAACUCUGAGAACAACAAAAGCAACAACCAUCAAGUGCCCCAAAACCAUCAAGUGCACAUCAAAAGACUCGAACUUUCUGUACUUUUUGUUCGAAAGACAGAUUUUUGUUUCUGGGUUUUAAUCGAAUUACGAGAAUGUCGUCGGAGAGUGAAGGAGGUGGACACAUGAUAAAGCUGUUCGGAAAGACUAUACCUUUGGCCAUGGCGCCACUGAACCGUGAGUCUUCUUCCUCCAUUGACGUGCGUUGUGGAGCUGUUGACUCUGACGUCGCUGCUACUGCUGGCGGCGGCGGCGGCGGUGGAGGUGCGGAAGACUGUUCCGAAACCAGCCAGAAGCUUUCUUCUUCUUCAGCUGCUACCAAUUCGCGAGAAGAGAAGUCGGAGAGAGAAGAAGAUGCACAGAAAGAGGAAACAAUGUCAGGAAAAGAACUCGCAGCUGAUAGACAGCAUGAUGAUGAUAUCUCAGAUCAAAUCACAGAAGACAUAAAAGCUCCUACAGCAUCAUCUGGAAUUAGCGAGAAUCCUAAAACUCCUUCAGCUGAUAGAGAAACUUCAUCUAAGAAUGGAGACCAGAGCGAGACUGGUAGCUCACAAGAUAAGACUCUGAAGAAGCCAGACAAGAUACUUCCAUGCCCUCGAUGUAAUAGUAUGGACACCAAGUUCUGUUACUACAAUAACUACAAUGUCAACCAGCCUCGCCAUUUCUGCAAGAACUGCCAGAGAUAUUGGACUGCUGGAGGAAUCAUGAGGAAUGUGCCUGUGGGUGCUGGUCGUCGCAAGAAUAAGAACUCUUCAGCUUCACAGUAUCGUCACAUUUUUAUGUCAGAUGCUCUUCAAGCAGCUCAUGCUAGCACUGCAAAUGGUGCACACAACGCUACUUUGGGAGGCAACGGCACUGUCCUUACCUUUGGUUCAGAUUCUCCUCUUUGUGAAUCAAUGGCUUCUGUAUUGAACCUUGCAGAGAGAAACCAAAAUUGUAUGCAAAAUGGAUUUCAUGGACCCGAACAAAGACUCCUAGUUUCUCCCACUGCUGGAGAUAAUGGGGACGACCGCUCAAGUGGAUCAUCCAUUACAGCUUCAAAUUCAACAGAGAGGAGAGGCAGAGCUAGUUCACAAGAGCCGUCAGCUCAAAAUUGUCAAACUUUCCCUCCUCAAGUACCAUGCUUUCCGGGUUCCCCCUGGCCUUAUCCAUGGAACUCAGCUCAGUGGGCCUCUGCAAUGCCUCCACCCGGCUUCUGCCAUUCAGGCUUUCCGAUGUCAUUCUACCCUGCACCGCCAUAUUGGGGCUGCACUGUGCCGGGCCCUUGGAAUGUUCCAUGUCUCUCACCAUCCUCUACUCUUAGCCAUUGCGCUACAAGAUCCGGUCCAAAUUCCCCAACCUUAGGGAAACAUUCAAGGGACGAGGACAUACCUAAUCCAUCCAGCUCUCAGAACGAAGAGCCUGCGAAAGAGAACAGUUCCGAAAGAUGUGUAUGGAUCCCAAAAACUUUAAGGAUCGAUGAUCCUAAUGAAGCAGCAAGAAGCUCUAUAUGGGCAACACUUGGCAUUAAGAAUGAAAAGGGAAACUGUACCAAUGAGGGAGGAGGUCUCUUCAAGGCGUUUCAAUCAAAGGGAGAUGAGAAGAAUCACGUGGUUGAAGCUUCUCCAGUGUUGCAAGCGAACCCUGCAGCGUUUUCCCGGUCACUCAACUUCCGCGAAAGAACAUGAUCAAAGCUGAAGUUUGAGUGGUAAACUUCGGCAAUGUGAUGGAAGCGGGUUUACCUCCCUUCAACCUUUUGCUGCUGACAAAUAUGACACCUUUUUUUUCCAUUUACUUUUGUACCAUAAGGCAAUGUUUACUGAUCAGCCUCAAUGUUUCUGAAUUAGAUAAUAUAGAUGUAUUUUCUGGAAUCUCUGUGUAACAUUAUGGAUAGGUCGUUUUUGUUUUCACCUCAGUUAGUUGCUGUAGAAAGUGUUUUUAUAAAUAUUUAGGAUGUGAGGUAACAUAAGAUAGCUAAUAAAGCGAGAGAUAUUUGGAUGUAAACAAAAUCCAAUAUUUGUUAACUAAACUUUAAUUUUUCUCA